UGCUGCGUAUUAUAAGAUUAGUUCUUGUAGAGUUCACCUAGUAUUCUGUAAAAUUUAUUAGUUUAAAGUCUGCUGCAUUGCUAUUUUAAAUUCUACUUCUUAAACUAGUACCGUUAAAAUAAAAAAAUUUUAAACAAAUACAAUUCGUCUGAUUGUUCUGUAAUUUGAAUUUAAAUUAACGCCUACUUGCCAACAUAUUUGAAAAAUGUACUCCGUAGAAAAAAACAAUUCCGACGAGGUAAUGGUUGUCAACUUACGUAGUGAUACUUUUACAAAACCGAGUAAAGAAAUGAGACAAGCGAUGUUUGAUGCUGAAGUUGGUGAUGACGUCUGUGAAGAAGAUCCAACUGUUAUAAAGCUACAAAAAGUUGCUGCAGAAUUAUUAGGAAAAGAAGCAGCACUUUUUGUCCCCAGUGGAUCUAUGGGAAAUUUAAUUGCCAUAAUGGUUCAUUGUGACCAACGUGGCUGCGAAAUUUAUCUGGGUGAAGACUGUCAUAUAGUUCAGCAUGAGCAAGGAGCAGCAGCCCAGAUAGCCGGUGUGACAAUCUCAACAAUUCCCAACAAUUCCAACGGCACGUUUAAUAUAAACACGAUAAAAAGUAGACUGCGCGAUUCAAAAAACGUCCAUCAUCCAAUAUCAAGAAUGAUUGCUGUUGAGAAUACUCUAAAUGGUAAAAUCUUGCCGCUAGAAUGGCUAAAAGAAGUUGUGGAAUUUGGAAAGAACAACAAUUUAAAAGUACAUAUGGACGGCGCUCGUUUAUGGAACGCCGCGAUUGGUAGCAAUACUUGUGUCAAAGACAUCGUUCGAGGCUUAGACUCGGUGACAUUUUGUCUCAGCAAAGGCCUGGGUGCUCCAGUUGGCUCAGUACUAUGUGGGAGCAGCGAAUUUAUCAUCAAGGCACGUCGUUGUAGGAAGCUACUGGGUGGUGGAAUGCGCCAAGUUGGAGUUCUAGCUGCUGCUGGUUUGGUUGCCCUGGAUGGUCGCUUCAGAUUACACAAGGACCAUGAGAAGGCGACUGCUAUGAUGAAGGCGAUCAAUCAAAUGAAUUCGAAGAUUAUCAACGUUAACGCUGCUAGUGUCCAGACUAACAUGGUUUUUGUUGAUGUCAAUAAUUCAGAGGCUAUUGAUGCUGAGAAAGUGGUUCAUAGACUUGGGACAGUUGUUGAUGAUCAUCCAGAUGAUCAAGUUAUUGUCAAAGCUUGGGCUGAGUGGGAAGGUUGCCUGAGAUUAGUUUUUCAUCUUGAUAUUUCUGAUGAAAUGCUCAAUGCUGCCAUUAAAAAGUUCAAGUAUGUCAUUUCUCAGUUUGAUCCUGCAAUUAUUAAUUAGAGAGAUUAUACAAAUGUAUUUAACUAAAUAUUAUAAGUUAAUGAAAAUUAAUUUAGCGGAUAUUUAAUCAUUUUGAAGAUAAAUAAAUUAUAUUAGCAAAAAAAAUUAUA